AACAAAAAAACUACAGUUCUUGAUAAAAUGGCUAAUUUGCCCCAAUCACUAUCACUUCCGUUUGGAGGAGGUAGUGUGCCUGUAGGUGGUGGUGGUGAACUUAGCAGAGAAAAAAAAAUGGCUUCCGCAGAACAGUUGGUACUUGAUCUCAGCAAUCCUGAUCUCCGAGAGAACGCUCUCCUCGAACUCUCCAAGAAGAGAGAAUUAUUUCAAGACUUGGCUCCUUUACUGUGGAAUUCAUUUGGUACUAUUGCCGCACUGUUACAGGAGAUCGUAUCUAUAUACCCUGUUUUAUCACCGCCAAAUCUGACUCCUGCACAGUCAAACCGAGUUUGCAAUGCCCUUGCGCUUCUUCAGUGUGUGGCCUCUCACCCAGAUACAAGGAAGUUGUUCAUCAAUGCACACAUUCCAUUGUAUCUGUAUCCUUUCCUCAAUACAGCGAGCAAGUCGAGACCCUUUGAGUACUUGAGGCUUACUAGUCUAGGGGUCAUUGGGGCUUUGGUGAAGGUUGAUGAAACAGAAGUUAUUAGUUUCCUUCUCUCAACAGAAAUAAUUCCCUUGUGCCUGCGUACUAUGGAAAUGGGCAGUGAGCUAUCCAAAACGGUUGCUACAUUUAUAGUUCAAAAGAUUUUGUUGGAUGAUAUGGGCUUAGAUUAUAUCUGCACUACAGCGGAGAGGUUUUUUGCAGUUGGUCGUGUUUUGGGGAGCAUGGUGGCUUCACUAGCUGAGCAGCCCUCAUCGCGUUUACUAAAACAUAUCAUCAGAUGUUAUCUUCGAUUGUCAGACAAUCCAAAAGCUUGUGAUGCUUUAAGAAGCUGCCUUCCUGACAUGUUAAGAGAUGCUACCUUCAGCGGUUGCCUGCGUGAAGACCCAACAACCAGGAGAUGGCUGCAACAGUUGCUCCACAAUGUUGGUGUUAGCCGUGUUCCGACACUUCAAGCCGGAACAGGGUUUGAGCACAUGAUGGUGAAUUGAACUACAAAUCUGGAAUACUGUUAAGGCUACAUUGUGUUUUGUUUCUGACUUGAGGAGCAUCGUUAGUCUCAUCAUCUUAUUUAUCUAGUGGCUAAUGAAGCAGUCAAGAUAUGUAAUUGGUAAACAAGAAGCCAGCUUAAUUUAUUUUUUCUUUAUCCCUUGUCUUUGUCUUAAUUAUGAGAAGUUUUUCUUGAUAACAUGAUCCUCAAAAUAGAAUUUUUUUUCAUAGUUUUGUGAAUAUUGCACCAGAUCAUAUAUCCAAAUAAAAUUCAAGGAUCUUUUAUAUUU